AUGCGGAAGGCAGAAUACCGAUGGGGAGACAUCAGGGGCGUACUGACGCUGUACGAGACCAAGCAGCUGACCAUGACGGAGCUCCAACGGUUCACACUGAACUAUGCGAUGAUAGACGCUGUUAUCGCAUGGAUGCGGCAGCUUCUAUCAGAACACGGCAACGCAGGUGAGAACACAUCUCAGCCAACAACCCGAUCCAAAGGUCACAAGAAGCUACUGCGAUUGUCAAAUCUUUCUCUCAACACCAAUCAUCGACCCACACGCUACCGCGUCAUCUCAAUGUCUACCGCUACCAACAAGGCCGAACAAGCCGUCUCUUACGCUGCCUUGAUCCUCGCCGACGAAGGCAUCGCUGCCACCCCCGAGAAGCUGCAAGCACUACUCAAAGCCGCAGGUAUCGAGGACGUCGAGCCUAUCUGGACCACGCUCUUCAGCAACGCUUCCAAGGAUAAGAACGUCAAGGACAUUAUCCUCACCGCGACCACGGCCACACCAGCCGGUCGCGGUGACGCUUCCGAUAUCAAGGACGAUGGAAAGACAACUGGAGAGGAUGGAGAUGACGAGAAGGACGGAGAGGAGGGUAUCGAUAUCGACGCGGACUCGGAUGAUGGGUCUGCAUUUGGGGAUCUUUUUGGCUAG